AUGUCGUUAUUAAACGUGUCCUCAAUACUCACGUUCUGCAUAAACGAGGCCUCACUCACUCAGUUCUACAUCACUGACACCAACACCUUAAAAUACAAGUUCAAGGUCAAAAUCUCAGUGAAAAACCCGCACAAACACAUCAAAAUUUAUUAUGACACCAUCACCGCCAUCGCUUUGUACAAAGAUAACGAGUUUGCGAGGGCAAGUCUCGCCUUACCCUUUGAGCAAGGUCACAAGAACACCACGUUCCUCGAGGCUAAAGAGUUUGAAGGGGAGAGUUUGAUCAAUCUCGAACCAAAACAACUUGCUGAGUAUUACAAUGAGACACUUGCGGGUGUUUACAAUGACUUAGCUGUGGAUUUAGUGCUUCAAGUCAGAUAUAAGUAUCGAAGGAUCAGGAGCACACGUUUGAGACCACGCACCGUUAAGUUUCAUCUUUUGAGAGUUCCUUUGACUGGCGAGUGUGAAUCAACAACUCCUUGCAAUAUGUGCGAAAGUGGUGAUUUAAUAUACUAA